AUGCGAGCCAUGGGACAUCGAUACAGAGAUAUUUUGGGUGACCUCCUUCCCUACAAGGUGGAAGUGUUCUCUUCUAGUAAAGAGAGGGCUCAGCUCAGUGCACAAGCCUUCGUGGAGGGAUUCUUCGAUGGUCCUGAAGGAGGACCUGCUGUGCCAGUGAGAGAUGACUUGCUUCGUCCUGAUAGCCCCGCAUUGAAGGCACUUGUGAAAAAACAGGAGCUAUCUCCCGAAUUCCAGAAUAAGACCAAGGGCGAAUUUGCUCAUCUGUUAAAGGCAUUCAACUUGACGCACACUGCGGAGCUCAGGGCGGUUGCCGGUGUUAUUAUCUCCAAUAGGGUCCACGAUCUCCCCCUACCAUUCACCGGCCGGGCUGCUGAGCUCGUGGAUGAAGUGCUGAGCGCACGCGAAUGGAUCAUGAGACGUCGCUUCGCGACUUUGCCCAUCGGCAAACUUGGUGCAGGGAGCCUCCUCCGUUGGUUGGUGGAUAAAUUGAUCCUAUCCGUGGAGCCUGAAAAUGUCUUCAUACCCGACUUCGCGGAUGCACUGGCGAUCGAGCUCUGGGAUACAGGGAACAACGGAAAUAUUUCGACCUUAUGGGUUGGAUUCCAUAAGCAUCGUUACCAUCAAGGAAAACACGAUGUGGACACGGAUAAAUCUGGUGCUUUUACUGAAGGUGCUCUGAAAAUCCUUAAGAAACGCUAUGACACGAUUCCUCCUGAGCUUCGCGAUCGGUUCGGCGUAUCCAAUGUCAUGUCUUUGGGUGACCUCCAGAGAUAUAGUACUCUGGUUCUCUGA